CAAAAGACAGGGAUACACAGUCGUUUGACACUUUAGUGGGUCCAGUCUGAUAGAAAGGUAACCUGCUGCGGUUUAGGCGCAUGGGCCUGGUUUAUGAGUCUCCGGUUGGUUUUACAGAGAGCAGACACCAUGGAGAGGUCAGGCUCUGUAUGGACAAACAUUGGUUUCUACAACAACCUGUGGAGUCCUGCUGAAUGGGACUUAGUAAACCAUGAUGUCCACAUGUCUCCUGCAGAUGAGCAGCAGCUUUUAGUGAUCAAAAAAGAGGUUUCUGAGCUGCGGAGCUCCAAUUUGGACCAGGAGAACUCAGAACUCCUUCAGAUAAAGAAGGAAGAGGAUGAAUUGGGGAUCAGUCAAAAUGGAGAGCAGCUUACAGUGAAGAUUGUAGAUGAUGAGAGACUUCAAUUAUCAGAGCUUCAUCACAUCCAAACUGAAGUUUGCAGAGAGACCGAAUCUACAAACAGCAGCCUAGUUAAACAAAUGGAAGCAGAACGUGAUGGGGAGUACUGUGGAGGAACAGAACCAAACAGAAACCCAGAUCCAGCAGGAGACGGAGCUGAAUGGCAGGAGGCCCGGAUGAAACAGGAUGAGAAGGAACUGUUGGUGAUUGAAGUCGAGGUUCCUGAUCUGUGGAGCUCCAGUUUGGACCAGCAAGACACAGAACCACUCCAGAAAACAUCAGAGGAGGAGGAACUGUGGAUCAGUGAAGAGGGGGAGCACCUGACUGUGAUGAGUGAAGAUGAGGAGAAACCUCAGUUAUCAGAACCUCAUCACGUCAAAGCUGAAGACAGUAGAGAGACAGAAGCUUCACCCAUCAGCUUAGCUGAACAGAUGGAAACAGAACCUGACAUGGAAGACUGUGGAGGCCCAAAACCACACAGGAAUUCAGAUCCACAUGCUUAUUUACAAUCAAAUGCUUCAGACUGUUCAGAGACUGAAAUCAGUGGAGAGUGGUGGUCAGAAGUGAGUGGUGACAAUUGUGAUGAUGUUCUCUCAGGUUCUGGAUCUAAAAAUACAGGCUGUGAUGAAGGAUGGCAGGAAAUCAGGACGCUUCAGUCAGGUGUAAACAGCAGUGUGGGAGAUAGAACUGCCAUGAAACCUUUCAGCUGUCCGGAGUGUCAUAAACAGUUUGUGUACCAGCAGUCAUUCCUGAAACAUCUGACAUGUCAUUCAGGAGAAAAAUCUUCCAGCUGUUUGGCUGAUCUGAAACAAUCAAUAGCCAAAGCUGGAAAGAAAUCAGUUGUUUGUGUUGUUUGUGGGAAAAUGUUUAAGGAUCGGCAUUAUCUUAAAUGUCAUAUGAGACUCCACACUGGAGAGAAACCAUUUAGUUGUGACGUUUGUGGUAAAACGUUUAGGCAUUCACAUAUUCUUAAACUCCACCUAAGAAUCCACACUGGAGAAAAACCUUUUACUUGUGAUGAAUGUGGUAAAACAUUUACCAAGCUGCAAAAUCUUAAAGGUCACAUGACCUGCCACACUGGGGAGAAACCAUUUCAAUGUGAAGAAUGUGGUAAAAAAUUUACACAGAGGGGAACGCUGAGGAACCACACGAUGAUUCAUAAAGGAGAAAAACCUUUCGCUUGCAGCGGCUGCGACAAACAUUUUAGGCUUAAAGCGGAUCUUCAGAAACACAUGGUAACCCACACGGGAGUGAAGCCAUUUUUCUGCCGUUAUUGUGGAGCCAGAUUUGCUCAUCGGGGAGCUCUGAUGAGACAUAUCAGACGCCACACAGGUGAAAAACCUUUUGCAUGUGAUAAGUGUGACAAAAGAUUUUAUCGAAAUUCAGAACUAAAGUAUCACAUGUCGGUUCAUAAAAGAGAAUGGAAACAAGACCCUGAAAAUAGAAAGUUUGCUUGUAAGGAAUGUGGCAAAAAAUACCUCCGAAAGGUGCAUCUUACAGCACACCUGAGUACCCACUCAGGAGAGAAACCUUUUAGCUGCUGUGUUUGUGGUAUGAGAUUUACACGCCAGGAUAGUCUGAAGAGACACACUAUGAGAGUCCACAGUCAUUAGAAACUGCUCAGUUCAGGAUUUAUUCUGUUUGGAGGUAUUUUGAGAUGGAACACAACAGCUGUUUGGGAAACGCACCAAGCCUGGUGUAAAUGCUGCUGGGUAAAGGUAUCUGUGUUGAUUAUAGAUAAAACCAGCGGAACUUUAUAGACGGUUACACGUUUCCUGCUCCGCAAGGUUUUAGUUAGAGGUUGAUAGAUAAAGCUUCAUGUAUUCAUGAUACCAAAGCUAAUAUUUGAAAUUCAGUGUGGUAAGUGGUCAUUUAAACCGUCCACACAUGAAAUUACAAGCUUUACUUUUGGUUUCUCUUCAAGUGGUCUUCAAACAUUUAACUUUGACACUUUGGACCAGUGUGGAACUAUUUCUUACUAAGCGGCAGAUAACUAACUGGAGAUCUUGGCUGUUUUUCUGUAAAAAUAACACCUGAUAUUUAAUGAAAAUAAACGUAUAUGUGCUAUCAAGGCUGAUUCCUGAUACUUGGCAGACCAAUAAAAUCAGCCCACCUGUAUUUUUGGUAUGAGAUGCCUUGCUGAAAUAGGAAGAAGAUAUUGUUUAAAAUCUUUAAUGGUCACAGUGUGCAGAUUUAUGUCAGUGUGUUUAUCCAUUGCUGUUGUAGUUAUAUUAAAAAUAUCCUUUUACCUGA